GGCAAAGAGGAGCUCCUAAAAGGCGAAAAGGUUGGAGGGGUAAGCCUGUGCCUGUGGGGGAGCUUUGCUUUAAAGAGUGGGAGUUGGCGCCAACGGUGGGGUUUCCCAGGGGGGUUUUGUUGAAUAUUGGUGAAGAGGAGAGGGAUAUUGAGAGAUCUCCCUCGCGCCCUUCCUCUGCUGCUCGCUUCCCUGAAUAAUGCUUCAUCACUGUUCAUUUUCAGGGGAUCUCGUAUGUCUCUUCAAAUGAGUAGAUAAUGGUGGUGACGUAGGAGGUGCGGCGGAAUUUAGAUUUGUAGUGGCGAAUGACCCCAGGGAAACUACCCAUUUAAAUGUAAUUUUGAGAAAAAUUUAAGGAGGCCCUACUAUUCUCAUUUGCAUGAGAAUUACCCAAAUGGCCGUAGCUGUUGAUCAUCACCAUGGAUUCAAACCUUUUGCCCGAACCCAAAGAUGCAGGCUUCGAUCCUUCACUCACCUGGACACUGCUGUAUUCGAACUUGAACAAUACAAGCUAGCUCAAUCAUUGAAACAAUCCAUCACAGGAGGUAGCAACCAUAGAAGAAGCUUCUCCACACCUUGCUUGUCCUUCACCACUAGUGUUGAAGAAGAAGCCAACAGUAAUGCUCCUAGGGUUGAGAUUGUUGGAGGCAGUGGAGGCCCAAGAGUACGUGCCCUUGUAGUUGAAUCAGCCAUUGCUGUAGCCUCUGGUGUUGAGCCUGUCCCUGUAUCAAGUGGUCUCGGCGGCGCCUACUUUUUGCGCAGUCGUAAUGGUGAUAAUAUUGCGGUGGCAAAGCCUAUCGAUGAAGAACCAUGGGCUAUUAACAAUCCAAAAGGCUUUGCUGGUCGGAUUCUUGGCCAACCUGGGUUGAAACGUUCGAUUCGAGUUGGUGAAACUGGUGUUCGUGAAGUGGCUGCUUACCUCCUUGAUCAUGGCAGCUUUGCCGGUGUUCCCCCAACAGCACUAGUCAAAAUUUCACAGGUUCCGUUUCAUGUCAAUGACUCAGAAACAACAACACCACCACUUUCUAAGAUCGCCUCGCUUCAGCGUUUCGUGGAUCAUGAUUCAGAUGCAGGUGACCUUGGACCCUCGAGCUUUUCGGUCUCUUACAUUCAUCGAAUUGGAAUUCUCGAUGUAAGACUCCUCAACCUCGAUAGGCAUUCGGGAAACAUUCUUGUGAAGUAUCAUAGAAACAGCAUCAACUAUGUAAAUGACAGUUAUGCUGUUGAGGAUGCCGAGCUUGUGCCAAUAGACCAUGGACUUUGUUUGCCUGAGAUGCUUGAUGAUCCAUAUUUUGAGUGGCUUCAUUGGCCACAAGCCUCAGUACCCUUUUCAGAGGCAGAAUUGAAGUACAUAUCAAAGCUUGAUCCAUUUAAAGAUGCAUUGCUUCUAAGGAAAGAACUUCCUUCAUUAAGGGAAUCCUCUAUUCGAGUUCUUGUGCUUUGCACCAUUUUCUUGAAAAGAGCUGCCAAUGCUGGUCUCUCCCUUUCUGAUAUUGGUGAUAUGAUGACUAGGGAGUUUUGUGGAAAUCAAGAAGGUCCUAGUGUACUAGAGGCCCUUUCUGCAAAAGUCAUGGCUAGUAUGAACUGCAGCUUCAUUGGGCAAGAAGAGAAUAGUAAAGAAGAAACUGAAAUUUUCGAAUUCGAAAUAGGAUGUGAAGAUGGAAACUCAAAUGUUUUUGAUCUUCCUCGUCUCUUACAAAGCCGUCCUGGGAUGAAUAAGCCACCAAAAGUUCCAGUUAAGUUGUCUUCUUCAAAAUCAAUGCGUGGGUUUCCCAAUGAUCAGACCUUUACUGAUCUCUUACAUGAAGAAGAUGACAUUAAUUCUGAUACUUAUAAUGAUGAUGACAAUGGUGAUGAUGAUCAUAAGGUUGGGGGAUUGAUAAAGAGUAUGAGUUUCUCUAUCCCAAACCGUAAGAUUGAAACUGAUGGUAUUUCAUUUAAAUGCAUGAGUGAAGAGGAAUGGUCACUGUUCUUAGUGUGUUUUGAGAAACUUUUGCCCAAGGUGUUUGAUGAUAGGAAGAGCAUGGGAUUGAAGCAAAGGCUAGGAACCUCAUGCAGUUUUUAAAAGGAAAGGAAAAGUCUCUGGAGGAGACAAACCUAAGGCUAAGGAGAUUAGGAAUGUUGUGUAUAAUAUUGGUGUAGAUUAUAUGUACAUUAUUUAUAAAGUUGUUUGGUGUAGAUAGAAUAUAUAUAUAUACUACUACUACAUGGAACAUAGUGAGUGGCAAUCUCUGCCUUCCUACUCAAUUUGUUGUUUCAUUUUACUCUUAAUUUAUAUAUAUAUUUUUUUCUUUCUAUUUUAUAUGUAGCUGGGUCCUUAAUAAGUUUGUAAGGAUUCAGUUGGUGAAAUUUUGACUGUUAAUAGUUGUUUUGUAAUUUAAUUAUAUUUUUAUUGAUUUUGCCUUGCUU